AUGUCUUUCGCCAAGAAAAUUCUUCUAUUUGGCGCAACAGGGAAUAUCGGCUCAUUCAUCCUGGACGCUAUCCUAUCCGAGCGCUCUCGAUUCGGCCGCGUCGUCAUCUUCACUUCCCCGCAAACAGCGGAAACCAAAGGAAUCGACACUGUGAUUUCAGCCCUAGGCCGCAACACCCUGGCCCAACAGAUUCCUCUUAUCAGACUUGCAGCCGCGAGUCCCACUGUGAAAUGGUUCCUACCCUCUGAGUACGGCACAGAUAUUAGAUACGGGCCGGCUUCGGCGAACGAGAAGCCGCAUCAGCUGAAGCUGACAGUGCGCGCAUAUCUUGAGAAUGAGAUCUCACGCGACGACCUCGCUUAUUCUUAUGUAGUCACUGGCCCAUUUGCGGAGAUGUAUCUUCAUCUCGUGCCUGGGUGGGAGGAGGCUGGCGGGUGGGAUGUUAAAGGGCGGAGGGCUGUUUUGUUGGGCGAGAAGGGGAAGGGAGAGGUUAGCUUGACGACGAUGAAGGAUGUUGGGACUCUGGUCCUGAACACUCUGCUUCAUGCUACGGCUGAGACACGCAACGCUGCCUUGUGUGUUAACUCGUUUACCACGAGCCCUGACCAGAUUCAGGCGGAGUUUGAGCGCCAGCUUGACGGCCAGCCGUGGGAUGUGUCGCGUACAUCGCUGAAGAAUUUGCGCGAGGCGGAGGCUGCGGCGUGGGAGGCUGGGAACCCGGCGGCUACUGUGUUGACUUUGCGUCGGAUCUGGGGUGAAGGCGGGACGCUGUAUACGAAGCGGGCUAAUGGAUUGAUUGAGGAGCCGAAGGUGAUGGGACUGGAGGAUGUGGUUGCGAAUGAGAUCCAGAGGGUAUCGAAGUCGUAA